GUCAAGGUUGCUCGGCGUGACAAGAACACUUUUACACGGUGGAAAUGUUACGAUCUAUAAAUCGGUUAUCAGGAAUCCUUCGUUACGUGCCGCAGCCUCGACGAUUUAAUAAGAAAUGUUCGCGGGGUUUUCAUGUAAACGUCAGUCCAGGAGAGAAAGCGAAAUGCGGAAAGGAGAGCGGUGAUAACAAUUAUCCUAUGAUCGAUCAUUGCUAUGAUGUUGUGAUCGUUGGCGCCGGGGGAGCAGGGUUAAGGGCAGCAUUCGGUUUAGGGAGUAAGGGGUACCGUGUAGCAGUGGUAACAAAAUUAUUUCCGACGAGAUCUCACACGGUGGCCGCACAAGGUGGAAUAAAUGCCGCAAUCGAUACCGAGAGCGAUGACACCUGGCUGUACCACAUGUACGACACCGUUAAGGGGUCCGAUUGGUUAGGCGAUCAAGACGCAAUACAUUUUUUAACAAGAGAAGCGCCACGCGCGGUCUUCGAACUUGAAAAUUUUGGCUGUCCGUUCAGUCGCAAAGAAGAUGGAAAGAUUUAUCAGCGUGCAUUCGGUGGUCAAUCUUUGAAGUUCGGGAAAGGCGGCCAAGCACAUAGAACAUGUGCCGUUGCCGAUAGAACUGGUCACGCAUUGUUGCACACUUUAUACGGUCAAUCUCUCCGUUACGAAGUGCAUUACUACGUCGAGUACUUCGCCCUUGAUCUUCUUAUGCGCGGCCAAUGCUGCAAGGGCGUCUUGGCAUGGGAACUAGAAACUGGCUUAUUGCAUCGGUUUAGGGCGCAUCAUACGGUGUUAGCAACGGGUGGAGCAGGGAGAUGCUAUUUGUCUUGCACGGCGGCCCACGCUUGCACCGGUGAUGGUAUGGCAAUGGCCACCAGAGCAGGAUUACCGCUUCAAGAUAUGGAAUUUGUCCAGUUCCAUCCAACCGGAAUAUACGGAAGCGGUAUUCUGAUAACGGAAGGCAGCAGAGGCGAAGGUGGAAAACUGCUGAAUUCUCAUGGGGAAUUUUUUAUGGAACGAUAUGCACCCAACGCAAAGGAUCUUGCCUCUCGUGACAUUGUAUCUAGAGCAAUAACUGUGGAAAUAUUCGAAGGAAGAGGUGUCGGCGACAAAAAGGAUCACGUGUACCUACAGCUGCAGCACCUGCCCGCGGAAACAAUACGCACAAAGCUGCCCGGCAUCUCUCAUUUGGCAUGGGUCUUCGCCGGCGUGGACGUAACGAAAGAACCGAUACCGGUGAUCCCGACUAUGCAUUACAACAUGGGCGGUAUUCCUACAAAUUGGCGAGCGCAGGUUCUGACGCGGGAGAACGAGGAGGAUAAGGUGAUCGAAGGACUGUGGGCUGCCGGUGAAACCGCGUGCGCGUCAGUCCACGGCGCCAAUCGGCUUGGCGCCAACAGUCUCUUAGAACUGGUCGUCUUCGGCAAAGCGAUUGCUGAUCAGAUCGAUUGUAUGACGAGACCCGGCGAACGUCAUGAAGAUUUGUCUGCCGCUGUUAGCGAGCAGUCCGUUUGCCGUUUUGACGCAACUCGUUAUGCAAAAGGCUGCAUACCCGUCGCCGAGAUACGCGAGGAGAUGCAACAGACUAUGCAUCGGUAUUGUUCGGUGUUCCGCACCUGCGACGUAUUGCAACGAGGAUGCCGUGAGAUGACGCGGUUGUACACCUGUGAUCUACCGGACAUAUGUGUUCAGGACCAAUCGUUAAUUUGGAAUACAGAACUGGUAGAAGCUCUCGAAAUGCAAAACAUGAUGCUGGUUUGCAUGCAUAUUAUUUUCGCGGCCGAGAACAGGAAAGAAUCGAGGGGAUCGCAUGCCCGGGAUGAUUAUAAGGAAAGAAUUGAUGAAUAUGAUUACUCGAAGCCAAUUGAGAGUCAGAAAAAACGUCCAUAUUGCGAACACUGGCGCAAACAUACGCUUACAUGGGCUCGAGAGGAUGGAGCAAUCAGCAUUUCUUAUCGUCCCGUGAUCGACUCAACGUUAGACGAAGACGAGGCGCAGCAUGUUCCCCCAUCGAUUCGAGCGUACUGACAUGAACUCUUUUUGAACUCGCAGCGGUCCCGUCCUUAUCAAUUAAAAGUUCUGCGUUUGUCGACGCAAUUGAGAUCGACGGGUGGUCACUUUAUCACUUCAUUGCGAACGCGUCCAGAUUUCGUCUGUGUCCUCGCAUGUCCUCUAAUUUUGCGCAACGCAUUUAACUGGUAAUUAAUUCCGACCGGAGACGACGGAGCCGCGUAUAAUCCGAUUUACAUAUUCGAGUGACGAAAUAUAGUAAACGAUGUCGAACUUAUAUUUGUCGUUACCUAAAUACGAUACAUUGAAUGUUUCUAAAAAUUAUGGUCAUUAAGAUUGAUGAUACAUUUUUAUUUUUGGACGUACACAAAAUGUACAUUAGUAUUAAUUAUAUUGUAAUAACUGGAAAGAUCACGAAGAAAAUUUACAGAGAUUUGUUUGAAAAAUAUUUGAAGUUAAUGAUUUAUAUGAUUAAUCGUCUUGAAAGCUUCGUGAUAAACGAACAAUACAUUUUGAAUUCGAUAUAUUUAGAACGCCAUGUUCUAAUAAGUUAAAAGCUACAAGAUUCCUUCACUUUCACGUCACUGCGUAGUCUAUAUGCGACACAGAUAUCUCUAGAUAGCCUCCUUUUACCUAAUUAAAAUAAUUUCCAAUGGAAGUGACGUAAUGAGAAUACUAAGUCAAACUAAAUUCCAGAGAAAUUCUUAAAUGUAAUAAAAAUAUUUAAUUUUA